UACACACUGCACUGGUAUCACGUGUACGUCCAGCCAAAUGACACAAAAGGCGGGUCAAUUUUAUUUGUUCACUUUGCUGUCAAUGCCGUUUGUGCAAUCUUGAUGCGAUCUACAGCGGCACACUGAAGAUGUCUGCAUUUAGCUGAUAUUAAUCAAGCUGUUAAUUUGCCUUAGGUAGUUUACAAACGAGGGCAAACGAGGGACCUGUUUUUUGCCCUUUCGUAGCGUAGCCGUAGACGGGGAGUUCGCGGGCCGGGGCUGGGUCGCGAAGCUCGCGAGUGAUUUGCAGCCAACAUGGGGUUCCUGGAUAUGGGCAAAAUGGCCCUGUCAACGGCAUUGUUCAAGCUCGUGUUAGGAGUAACGUUGUUGGGAGCUUCACUACUACGCUACAAUGCCUUGUCCGGUGUGUAUCUGCUCUGCCUAUUGGUGCUACCCCUCAUGCCAAACCCAAGCCGUCGCAACAUGGCCGGGAGGACGGGGAUAUACCUGAUCAUCCUCCUCGUAUUGGCCGUCCUUGCCUGCCUCACCCAGGCAGUAUUUCAAAUUGUCCUGGCCGCUGAUUCUCCGUACGGACACAACUGGGCCUUAUGCAAUGGAACCGAGCCAAUAUGGAGACAGCUUGGCUAUCAGGCGUUGAACGAGCUAUCUGCUGCGUCGGUGUGCCGCCUCAUCCUCCCCGAUGUGGUCGUUCUCAUCGUCACCAUCAUCGUCUUCGUCAUCUGUAAGAAGCUCUUUGCCCCGCCCAGACCCUCCGAGGAGAGCCAACAGUCCGCGGAAGGCGCUGGAGGCGGGGAGGUGGUGGAACGACGCACCAGGCCCAAGUCGGUAGUCGUUGAGGGUUUGCAGUCGUUUCUGGCCAUGCUGCUGUGCGCGUUUGCGGCGGUCAUCUGCCCUUCGGCCACCUCGGGCUUCUACUUCGUGACCUUCCUCGUGGUCAUCACCUGGUGGUCAUUCUACCGGUCGUGGGGCCGGCGGUUCUACCAUGUGUGCAUCGUCUGGCUGCUGUACUGCGGCGCUCAUAUCUUCGCCUUGUACCUCUACCAGUUUCCGUUCUUUCAGGAGGGGUUACCACCAGAGAACCUCUACGCCAGACUGUUUGGACUGAAAGCUAUUAUCGAUGCCACGGAGUGUGACGAGCCGCGGAUGAUCGACUUUGUCGGCGGCCAACGCUGGUGGGUCUACGUCAACCCGGGAGCCUUGCUGAUAUUCUAUUUCUACUUGGCCAUUCUGAUCCGAUGCUGGCUUGAUGGACCGAUCAGAGAAAUGUAUAUUAAUGGUAUCGCCAGAUCACAGGAUCACGAAGUUGUAAGGAGGCAGAAGAAACAGCGCAAACAACAUGGAGAGAAAGAGUCGUCCCCAAAACGCCUCAUGGAUGAGUCCGGCCCAUCCUACCAAUCCAUGGACCCAACGGAGGCAUCCACGACCAGCGCGGGUAAGCCAGGAGAGGAAGUGGAGGGGCUACAGCAACAGGCAGACGAGGAGGAAGCAGAGGACGGACAACAUAAGAUGUCGCCGUUUGCGACGCUGGUGGCGUACGUCACCAAGCAGUGCUACAUUGCGGCGCUCAUCCUUAUGAUGGUCUGGAGCAUCACCUACCACAGCUGGCUGACCUUUGUGCUCCUCCUGUGGUCCCUCCUCAUCUGGAUCAUCCCCAUCUCCACCACGCGUAACCGCGCCCUGUACAGCUCCCCGCUGCUCGUCUUCUACUGCCAGGGCCUGCUGCUCAUCCAGUUUGUCUACGGCCUGAACCUCACCGAUGAUGAGCUGCCAUCUAAGAUCGGAACCAAGAACGGGGUUAACCUGACCGAGAUCGGCCUGAUGAAGUUUCAAGAUCCGUGCUUUCCUCUUGCUCUCCAGCUGGUGUAUACACUGAUGCUGUGGUUGACACUGCGGCAGUUCCUGCGAGAGAAACGCCUGUCCAAAUUGAACGUCAGCUCUGAGGGGAUUAUCCUGCAGCCCUUUGGGAUGAUCUUCUCAGAUCCGGAUCAAGAGAUGCUCGCCAUUGAAGAGGCGCGGGAAGGAGGCGACUUCACUGACCAGGGGGACAGUGAGACCAUGUCGGUCAUCGGCAGCACCAUCCUGGGCAUCCUGUCCAAGUAUUGGAUAUUCCUGGUGGCCGCCAUGUUUCUGAUCGUCAGCAUACAGCAGUCGGUGGACAUCUUCAAGAUUGUCUACAUGGGGCUGUUCCUGCUCAUUGCAAACAUGUUCUUGUGGUCAUUCACUCUCUUCCGAUGGGUCAUCUGGAUGUUUUUCUUGCUGGUCGUUGUGUAUUCCAUCGCCGUCCUAGUCCUUAUCUACACCUACCAGUUUCAAGAUUUCCCUGGCUACUGGACCAACGGCACUGGAAUCUCCGAAAAAAUAUUGCAAGACCUAGGUCUUCGUCAGUACAGCACAUCGGCCCUGUUCCUCAACCUCCUGAUCCCGACGGCGUUCGUCAUCAUUGUCAUGGUCUACCUUCAUUACUUCCAUUCCAAGUUCAUGGACAUCACCAAGAUUGAACAAGGUGGAUACAAGCCGAGCAAGAUCAAGGAGGAAGAUGAUGAAGGGGAGGGCGGGGCAGCUGAAGGAGGAGGCGGUGAUGAGGUGGAUGGAGCGUCUCACACCAGCAAAGCCGGAAAGACCCAUUCUAAGAUGAAGUUGUACAUCAAGUACCUGGCCAUCAUCUGCAGGACUCACUACGAGCGAGCGGCCGCCAUCGUCUGGCGACUGCUGGAGAUUCACAUGAGCAAAAUUGUCAUCUUCACCAUCAUCAUGGUGGUCACUAGAGAGAUGACGGCAGCUAACGGCCUCUUGGUCCUCCUCAUCUUCUUGGUCCUCCCGUUGCCCUGGUUCACCCGCUUAAUGUUCCUGAUCGCGGCUCUCUGGGUAUCCGUGGUCAUCUUUGUCAAGAUGGUGUUCCAGCUGGAACUGAUGCCAAUGGAGAAGUUCGAAAGGAACUGCACGGACAAUACCGAAAUCGAGGACAAUUUCAGCUACCUAGAGUGGUUUGGUCUGGAGCAGACAAACACAUUUCCAGCUUACAUCAUUGGUUACGUGUUCAUCAUCCUGAUGAUGCUCCUGUGGUACAUCGCCCAGCUUCGCCAGGAGCACUACCGCAACAUCAACGACCUGGAGAAGCCCAAGCAGAGGGUCAUCUUUGAGGAGGUCAAGCGGGAGCAGGCCGACGAGGGCCUGGUCAACUGCAUCAAAUUCCUGGCCAACUAUUGCUUCUACAAGUACGGGCUGGAGAUGUGCUACGUCACCACGGUGAUCGUCUCCGCCGUACGUCUAGACGCCCUCUCAGUCAUCUACCUGGUGCUGAUGCUGUGCAUGAUAUUCCUCAGGAGGAAGACCGUCUCCUAUCUCUGGCCGUUCUACACCAUCCUCCUCCUCAUCUUGCUCCCCCUGACCUACGCCCUCUCCCUGGGCCUGCCGCCCAUGUUCUGCUUCGAAUACCCAUGGACGAACCCGUUGCCUGAAGAACUGAUCACCUGGCUGUAUCUGUCGGAUUACGUGUCACCUCCAGAGGGACAUUUCAUCGUUGCCGACUUCUUGCAGCUGUUGUUUGUCUGCCUUCAGCUGCACGUGUUCCGCGUUGAGAAGAACCGGGGUAAAGCAUACGGUGGGGGCGACAACUACGAAGCGUUUGUUGACAUCGAAAAUAUCGCUGAAAAUCCAGUCCCCAAUUUCACGUUCAGCAGGUCAUAUCUUGAUACAGCAAAGACCCUGGUCUUUGAGUACUUGUUCUGGGUGACCCUAGCGGUGACCUUCCUGGCUGGCACCACCCGCGUCAGUCUCUUUGGUCUCAUCUACAUCAUCUUCUCCUUCUACUUCCUGUGGCUUGGCUCCGAGUACCUCAUCAAACCCACGGCAGUCGUCAUCAAACGGUGGAACCUGCUUCUUGCCUACAACCUGUUCGUCAUCUUCCUGAAGGUGUGUCUGCAGAUCAUGUCUUGUGUCUACAUCACUGACUUAGUGAGUAAAGACUGCUGCUGGCUGCUGCAACUUCUAGGCGUGGUGUGUCUACAGACCAACUUCACCAUUGAUCCCGAUCUAGCUGAAAAAUGCGAGCUGCCGGUAGACGAGGCCGGUUUGUCUUGGGACGUGGCUGUCUUCAUCUUCUUGUUGGCUCAGAAGCGCAUCUUCACCAGCAACUAUUUCCAGUAUGUCGUCAUCUCGCUGGAGGAGCAAAAGAGCCUCGCUUCCAAGGGAGCUGAACUGAUCAACGAAUUGCUGGCAACCAGAGUGCGCAACAAACGUCUGGAAGAGAAGAGGAUCCUGGAAGGAAUUAAGAAGAAGAUGGCUCGGAUCCAGAAGCAACAACUAGAUUUGAUGAGCAAAGCAGAAUGGAAGGAACCCAAAUAUCACGAUGAAGCUGUGCGUGGUCAAGGUGGGUACUACAUGUUCAAGGAUGUGAGCGAAGAGGAAUUGAGUGACCUGGAGCCUGACGCUAUACCAGGCGGUGAAGAGGAUGAAGGAAAACACUCGGCAUUCCAUCUUGUCCAUGAUGCGGUUGCCAUGAGCCCAGAGGAUGCCUUGAAGAAAGAUGAUCAGGCUAAAGAUGAAGACGUUGAUGCUGGUGAGACUUCAGGAGCAGCGGACGCUGAGAAGACCAAGGAUGAGGACAAGAAAGACGGCCCGUUGGACAUUGAGGAAGCAGAAGACGUCCUCGCUGAGAUUGAUGAGUUGGAGAAAGAACAAGGCGAAGAGGAAAAAGCCGGCAUUUGCAACAAGAUCCUGAACAUCAUCAAGCUGGUGUGGCGCGUGCUCAUGCGCGGACUGGAGGGCUGCAUCCAUUUCUUUGACGAGAUCUCAGAGGAGUAUCGCUACGUGGCGCAUGAACUGGACAAACUCAGCACCGAGGGCAAGAGACAGAGAGCACUCAAGAAGAAAGCCAAGGCCAUCAAGCCCGCUGGGGAGGCUGAUGGAGGAGAGAUUGAGGAGAUCGAGCCCCAUGAACCAACCAAAGUGUCAAUCAAGGUGGAGGAUGCUGGCGUCGAUGUCGAGGACGGUGGGGGUCCAAGUCAGGGCGACGACACAGAUGCGGUCGCCAAGGCAGAGACGGCUUCCACCGCCGAGACGGCCUCCAGCGAGAAGUUUGUCCGCACCAUGCCCCGGCCGAUCCGCUUCUUCUACUCCUUGCUCUACGCCAUCAUCUCCCAGUCCCAGCUGGUCUGCUACUUCCUGAUCAUCCUCAACUUGCUCCUCUCGGCCAAUCUCCUGUCGCUGCCGCUGCCGAUCCUCAUCUUCACCUGGGCGAUGUUGUCUGUGCCGCGGCCGACCAAGAGGUUCUGGAUCACGGUCAUAACCUUCACACAGUUGGUGGUCAUCUUGAAGUACUUCUUCCAGUUCUACUUCUAUCCUUGGAACACGGAUGACGAGAUAAUACUCAAUGAGAGCAACCCUCUCUGGUGGCCCGUCAUCCUUGGCAUCAAUCGCAAGGAUGCCUACGCCGUCUUGGAUCUCUGCAUCUUGCUGGCUGCGUUCUUCCACCGCUCCAUCCUGAGGAGACACGGCCUUUGGCAGGAGAGUCAGGUGGUGCCCAACCUGGAAGACCCUAACGCCCAGGAGCAACCGGCAAUCACCGAUGGGGACGCCUCAGUGGAUGAUGUAGACGCAAAGAAGAAGAAGAAGAAGAAAAAGAAGAAGUCAAAGGACAAGGGCGACAAGGAAACCGAGAAGUCAGAGGCCGCAGCUGCAGAAGCAGAGAAAUCUCCAGGGGAGGAGGGAGCAGCAACUGCCAAGGACGGAGAUGAGACCAAGGCAUCGGAGGAUGCUGAGGGAGACAGUGAAACAGAAGAGAAAGAGAAGAGGAGCAUUUUUGCACCCUUCGUUGACUUCUAUCACAACAUGCUGGACCCUACCUACACUGCGGUCACCGACGUGUAUGUCCCCAUGUUCCUCUGUGAUGUCUUCAACUUCAUCCUCUUCGCCAUCUUCUCUUAUUCCUUCGGAGAGGAGCAAGCACAGAGCGACGUGACCGAGCUGAUCACCUCCAACUCCAUCCCGCUCUUCUUUGUUCUGUUCCUCCUCCUUCAAUUUGUCUUGAUGGUCAUCGAUCGGGCCAUUUACCUUCGCAAGGCGGUCGUGGCCAAGUUCAUCUUUCUCAUCGUUGUCAUCAUCAGCGUGCACGUCUGGAUGUUCUUCCUGCUACCAGAGAUCAACAACAACCGAUUCACCAGUAACGUACCAGCCCAGAUAUGGUACUUUGUCAAGUGCAUCUACUUUGGACUGUCAGCCUACCAGAUCCGUUGCGGUUACCCGACGCGUAUCCUGGGCAACUGCUUGUGUAAACGCUACAACUACAUCAACUUGUUCCUGUUCUACGGCUACCAAGGCAUCCCGUUCCUGAAGGAGAUCCGUAUGUUGAUGGACUGGAUGUUCACCGACACCACCCUGUCAUUCAGUCACUGGGUGGAAGUGGAGGACGUCUACUCCAACGUCUACACCACAAAAUGCUGGAGAAAUGCUGAAAGGAACUAUCCUGUUGAUCGCGGCCUUCUGAAGAGCAAAGUGGUCAAGUACGGAGCCGGUGGGAUCCAACUCCUGGCCCUCAUCCUCAUUGUCUGGUUCCCUCUACUCCUGAUCUCGCUGUCCAACACCUCGAGCAUCGCUAACCCGCCCUCCGAGAUUGAUAUCAGUAUCAGCAUCAGUGGCUAUGGGCCGUUGUUUGAAACCACAGCACUGGAUCAAAACCUCCACACACUCAAUCAGAACGAGUAUGAUGGUUUGGUCAAUGACUUCAGCGGUGAUCUGAGUGCGCUGACAUUUUUGAAAAACUACAGAGCAGACGAUAUCGUGAAGGUGACCAUCAGCGGAGAAUCCACGUCGUCUUGGGAUGUCAGCCCUCCGAGCAGACAACGUCUGGAAGACACUUUGCUGUCUAAACAGACGAAAAUAGACUUCCGUUACUCCUAUGCUGUCAAAAGGACCACCGAUAGUUCCUUAGUGACGCCCAUAGUAGACGGUUAUCACCAGAUUCCUCUGAGCCCAACGGACCCACAGGGUCGUAAAGUAAGGGAUGGGCUUGCUGAACAACUGGCCACCAACACCUCCUCUACAGCGGCAAUUCCUCGAGUGUAUCCUGGAUUCCUGAGGGUCCCAGCCAAGGGCAACGCUGAGCCAGCAACCAAACUUCUGGAGUCGCCCAAUGCCGACGGUUUCACCAACAUCACCAUGAAGCUUGAGUCUGGACCGAUUGCCGAUGUGGGCGGGGAACGUGAAUGGUGGGUAGUCAACAAGGACUCAGAUGAGAUGGUGAUCUACACCCUCAACGAUCGUGUGGCGUCAGAACUGUUUGCUCCCCUGGCUGGUUACGGCAUCAUCGGCCUCUACGUGUCCCUAGUCCUGGUCGUCGGCAGGUUCGUGCGCAUGAUGUUCAGCGGCGUCUCCACCAAGAUCAUGUUCAACGAGCUGCCCAACGUGGACCGCAUCGUCAAGCUGUGCCUGGACAUCUUCCUGGUGCGGGAGUGCGGCGAGCUGAAACUAGAAGAGGACCUGACGGCAAAGCUGAUCUUCCUCUACCGCUCGCCGGCGAUGCUCAUCGAGUUCACAAGAUACAAGAGAGACUAGGCUGCCUUCACAGCCGCCUCUUGAUAACCAGAUUCUCAAUUCAGGGUCGGGGCAAAUGGCUGAUUCUUCUGAAAAACGUUGCCUUAUUUUUUUUGUUUCAUUCCCCCUGCCCCGAUACGCUAGUGUAGGUAAACCUCCUUAGGCCCAUAAUGAUUAUUCAGUUAUUUAAGUAAGAUUUGAGGCUUUGCAUGGUGGAGAUACUAAAUGAUGAAAGGUUUGCGGAAACACCAUGUGCGAAUAAUUUCUCAACUAAGAGAAUGGUUCUGAAAAGAACCAGAGGUAUAAACCUCUUUUCAGUUAUUUGAUUAAUCACUUUUUUGUAGGUUAUUUAGUUACAACUCAUAAGAUCGAUAAAUCAAACUAUUUACUUGGUUUUCUAGAAAAGCAUGUGGCAUAAAUGAGCACAGCAUUGCCUUAACUUAACUCAUGCUUCAGGGACACAUUUUUUUUCCGUUUAUCGAUGUGACUUUUGUUGCACUGGGAAAUGGAAGUGAAUUUAAAGUGUGAAUUUCUAUGCCCUAGGAUUGUUUAGUGCGGAACAAUGGAUGCCUUGUAUCGGGUUUCUCAGGUUUUCAGAGAGCAAAAUGUUGACAGUGAAAUAUAUUUUUAUGUUGCACGGUUUAUAGAGGCACGAUAUGUACAUGGUGCAGAUGAAUUUUUGCAACAUCAGGCAAUACAAUGAACACAAAGGUGAUUUUGCCGUUUCUUCAUUUAGUGAAGAUUUUUUUUGCCUUAUAUAACAACACUCAGGAUUGUUAUGGCAUCCUUUUUUUUUUUUUAAUUCAUUGAAUUAUGAUAAUCGAAUGCUUAAUGAUGCAUUUAUUGAUGAGUUUUCAUUUUCUUAGACUUUGUAUCUAGAAGCGGUUCCGUAGUUGUAAUGUAUUUGCAUUUUCAUAUGAUUUAUGAAUCAUACAGAAUAGAAAGCAGGAUUUUGAAUUGUCUCUAGCGGUGAUUAGAAAGUAAAAAUGUAGGUAUUUGCAAUUAUGUGCUUAGAAAAAUUGUCUGUUAAAACCAUGCAUGAAAUAAUGUGAAGGUUUCAAAUGUUGUCGGUGAUUUGUCGUUCGUGUGGUGUUAGACAUCUCUGUUGAGUAGUGUGUUGAAUGUUAAGCAUGUGUUUGUGGAGGGAUUAAAUCUGUGUUUUGUAGUGGGUAUAUAUAUGACUGGUCUUUCUACAUGUGCCAUAGCCAAUGUGUUACUUGAAUGGCUACUCAACGGACGAAACACUUCGUUGUUUUCCCCAUAGUAGCCGUCAUGAGCACAGUAAUUUAUAUGUAGCUAAGGUAGUUAAUCCAUGGCAACAUUGUCGCAAUUUCGUGGCAACGUUGUCUCAAAUUGGUGGCAACAUUGUCUCGAAUUUGAUUGUUGAUACUCCCGUACUUAGAGUAAGGCAUUGGACCCAUAUCGGUCAUUCUAUAAAUUUGGGUGCACUUUUUUUUCCUGUCCCUGUUACAUCUGACAUCUUUAAUUUUAUCAUUCUGAUGCACUCUUUAAUGCAGUCAUCCUCAGAGAGUGAUUGUGAAUAGCAAACUACCUACCCAACAAAGAAAACAUUGUUUGAAGUCAUUCUUAAUGGUACUUGAAUUGGCAAAUUACAAAGUACCAUGGUAACGGGGACAGGAACAAUCUCACACCAAGGACCCUAAAUUUAUAGAAAAGACCUGUGUCGUAUUUGAAGAAUGUGUACAAAUCUUUGUACUAAAGUGGCCUUGUUUUUAAGGAAAAAAACUUCCUGAUCAGUGGUGGGGUCAAGUCUAUCACAAGUCAAGUAAAAAAUUAACCGUGGAUUGAAAAAAUGGCCUUUGCUACAGUUCAUUUGAACAAUUUGCGACCCAACUCAGACUACUUGUGAUGCAUCAGACCACGUCCGCCAUUACUGAUAAAGGAAUAAUUCAGAAACUCUUAAAAAUUAUCUGUUUUUGAUAUUUAAUGAGGCUUAUAUGUGAAGAAACAUUGCAGAAAACCAAGUUUUGCUAUGGAUAGUACCAAGUCGUAAAUGAUAUGGAUUAUUUAUGUAUUUUUAAAACUCAGUAUCCUAAAAAAAAAAAAUUAUAAAAACUUGCCUUGUUGAUGACCUGCUGUGUAGAAUCUGUGGACCUUUUUUUGUGAUAUAGAAGGAAAAUACUGAUAAGAUUUACUCAUAUUUUGUAUUCGAUGAAGUGUUGCAUGUAAUAGCAAUAGAGCCAAUCGUGGUCAGUGUGUAGACGGUACGCAAAUAUACCUUUGUAGUAUGUUGUUCGGUGCGUGGUUAAGUGGUAACUGUCAGCUUAAAUGUUAAAAAAAGUUUUAAAAGGGGGGGAUGGGAAGGCUUAACAUACAGCCCCUGUACCAUUAAUAUGCACGGUUAAGUUUUUCUGUAUUUGAACAAAGCUGGGUUUCAAAGGCUGGGACUGCAUUGUGGGGAAGUUUUCUAAUUUUUAGGAAAUUCAGAUUGGAUUGUGCAUAGGGCAUUAACACCUUCCUCAAAACAUCUUUUGUCCCUGCAAUAACUACUAUACGUCAGACGUGUAGUCUUUAGAACUCUGGAACAAGUAUUCUACGAGCAGUGCUUUGUGUCAAAUUUGCAAAUUUUGAAUUUGGUGUGGGAAUUCUUGUGUUGUGCAAUGAUAUAAUCCCGAUUUGGCGGUCAAGCUAUCUUGUUUUAAUCUAUUACCUUGAAAACGUGUUUGAGUUCAGUUUUUCCAUUUCGAUGCCUGCCUAAGCAUAUCUUUAAAAAAAAAAAGCAAUAAGUUGUUUUUAAGCAUUAAAAUAAAUUAUGUUUAAUUGCCUUCUUAACUCCAUUCGAUUUUCGUAUGUUUUAACCACAUAAUAGGGAAAUUCCUGUGUGUUUCCCAUAUAUUGCAGGUAUAUUUUAGUAUGGAUUGCUUUGAAUUUUAGUGAUUUUUCAAAAACGAAGAUUUGUUUAGUUUUAUUCAACCGUAUUAGUUCAAACAAACAGAGGCUGCAGUUGCAGGGUGAAUGAUUGCAGUGUGCUUUUUCUAUCGAUUGUGCUGUGCAUCUGUAAUUGUGAUAAAAAGUUUGUCAAAAUGGGAAAACAGCGGCCGAAAAUGAAAUAAAAUUGCUUGUAUAUUGCUUUAAAA